CGUGGAUUUACUGUUAUGAACCAGAAAAUAAACGACAGUCGGCUUCAUCACCAUCAACCCCGAAAGAAGAAUCAUCCUCCACCAAGACAAUUCAAGCUCGCACACAGCCCAAAAAACAAUGCAGUAUUUAACGGAAGAAAACGUGGAAUUAUUGGACCAUCCUCCAUAUAGUCCCGAUCGAAGUCCUAACGAUUUCUUUACUUUCCCGAAAAUUAAAAACGGACUGCGUGGUCAAAGGUUCCAGUCACCAGAAGAAGCAGUUGACGCAUUCAAAAAUGCUGUUUUGGAUCUGCCAGAAAACUAGUGGAAU